AUGUCCUCGACGGAUGACGAUCGUGAUGGCCCCUUGACGGGUCUGCCCGAGGGGGACACCUCUUUCGAAGGCCAAAGUAGCCUGACCGGGGGGGUGGCCAACACUAUCUCAGACUUUUAUGAAGAUGAAGAAGAGGAAUUGGAGAGCGAGAGCGAAAUCAAUGAUGCCAAUCUAUUGCGCUCAAUGCUACGUGAAUCGGAAAACUUUGAUCCCACGCACAUUUUAAUGCGGGGCGAAAGUGGCUAUCCACCCUCCAAUCGCCCUAGCAAUGACGACGACGAAGAAGAUGAAGAUGAAAAACAGUGCUGGGUGUGUUUUGCCACGGAAAACGACGACCUCACAGCGGUUUGGGUGCAUCCUUGUCGGUGUCGUGGCACCACGAAAUGGGUUCACCAUGUAUGCAUUCAACGGUGGGUCGAUGAGAAACAAAAGGGAAAUACAUCAGCUACCGUUGAAUGUCCCCAAUGUGGUACACCCUACUCCAUUCAACUCCCUCCGGCUAACUUCUUCGUCUCCUUAUUAGACACGACCGACAAACUCGUCCAGAAAUGCUGCCCCAUUGUGGCGGGUGGCUUUUGCGUUGGUUCACUUUACUGGACUUGUGUCACUUACGGAGCUGUGGUUUUAAUGCAGACCGUGGGCCAUGACGAAGGAUUGGUGUUGAUGGAGCGGACAGACCCUUUAUUUCUACUCGUGGCCCUACCCCUUGUACCUGUUGGACUCGUCUUGGGCAAAAUGGCGCGCUGGGAAGAGCCGGUUUUGAAAUUCCUUCGGACCACUGUACCCAAAUUGCCGUUGGCCCCCUACAUCCUCCCCUCGUUCGCCGUAGUGCCCGAUCGCCCCAUUCUCCAAUCAUCCAUGCCUCCGACAACGGAUCCUGUUUCGGUGACUCGAACCUUCUGUGGUGCCCUGUUCUUCCCCGUCAUUGCGAUGAACACGGGUACGCUGCUCUUUGGAGGUGUGCCAUCACAACUGAAACGAACCUUUCUCGGAGGAGUGACAUUUGUCGUGGUUAAAGGAGUUCUAAAGAUCUAUCACAAGCAGCACACGUAUAUUAGGCAAAGUCAACGAAUAAUUAUGAACUUUCAAGAAGAAAACCAAACUUAUUCAGCUACCUUAACACCUCGAGGUUCGCGCUGACUUUAAAUAAUAACAAUUCCACUCGACCUCCAUGAUAAUUUUCUCUUUUGUUCUUGGACGUUCGCAAUUAUUUCAUGCCCUUACAAGCCACAUCAGAAUUGACCCCAUUAUUGUAUAUCAGAGACAACAGAAAUAUAUUGUGCCACGAUGAUUGA